AUGUUAUUAUUUAAGCAAUUUCUUUUCAAUAAAUUUGUUUAUGUCACUGGUAAUUUUUUUUUUUCUCUCUCCGACUUUUUUUUCAAAAUUCGUUUUUUUUUUCUCUAUUCUAUCUUCGUGCUUAAUGUUUUCUUAUUUUUCUUUCUUUUUUUGUUCGUCUAUUUUUUUUCUUUUUAUUUGUUUUGUUCUGCGAUUUCAUACAUUUUUCCUUCGAGUUUUUUUUUUCUUACCUUCAUUCAACCAUCACAAUUUUCUAUAGUUCCUUCGUCCUUUCCUUCUUUUCGUUGCAAUUUCUUAAAAGUUUUUCAUUCUUUCUUUUAUAAAUUUAUUUCAUUUCUUUCUUUCAUUCUCCCUUUGUUUUAUUCAAUCCUUCUUACUUUGAUCAUUUUUUCCAUUAUUUGUCAUUUCUUUCUUUAUCUGUUUCUUUCUUUCUUUCAUAUUUCUAUCUUUCUUAAUAUCGUUCUUUCCUUUAUUCACUCGUUUCCUUUCUUUCUUCCUUCUUUCCUACCACCUUUUCUUCCUUUUUCGUUCUUUCUUUUGUUCUUUCUUUCGUUCUUUCUUUCUUUCUUUCUUCUUCCUUUCUUUCUUUCCUACAUUUUAUUCUUUCACAGAUAUUUUUGUACUUUUCCCUCUACCCCCACCACUUCCCGUUCAUCUCGCUUCUGUCUUUCUCUAUUCGACUGCUGGGCCCGGCCUGCUUGUCUCUUUUACAGACAGCUUCAACAGACGGAAGCGAGGGCCAGCUGUCCAGAUAGCAACGAGUCUGAUUGUGCGAACGAACGGCUAACCAAUCAAAAAGUGAGCCAACCGACCUACAGACCGGCCCACGUUCAUGCGUGGAUUAUGUUACUGUACACCGGGUACAGCCCCGGUGCACUUGUCUGGCUAGCAUGUAAUACGAGCUGUCUCUUUCGUUCUUUUUUUUUUUUUUUUUUUUUGUUCUCCUUCUUUGCGUCUUUGUAUUUUCUUUUCUUUUUUCAGUUUUAUUUUUCCGUUUUGAAGUUUUUCAUUCAUUCUUUCAAUGGUUAUAUGAUUCAUUGA